AUGCGGAGGAAGCAUAUGGGUCGAAUGUGCUUUAAACGCGGAUCGCGCGUGGAAACCAUAGGAAUAUCAUAUGCGAGCGUUAUGCUCGGUAUGCGUCGGAUCCUUUGUGCUUUCGCGUCGGAUGCUUCAUGCUUUCCCACCCGCUUCCCUUUCCGCUUACUGUUCUCCUACUGUUUAGCUUAGCGUCCUUGGAAGGAGAUAUAUUACUUAAAACAAAGAACGCCCGCGAGUACUAUCUCUCUCUUCCUUCUUCCGACGUUAUUGCUAUGCAAGAAGUCGGACUCUCUCUCUCUCUUCCUCCCUAGCUGGUGGCGAGGUUCAGAAAGUACGAGAACUGGACGCUCGGACAUUACACGUCGAACCGCAAGCUGCAUCCAGAAGUGAAGGAGAUCAUUCGGAAGGCGCAGAAGGACACCCCGGAGCCAACGAACAUCGAAUGGGAGCUGCUGCGUUAUCACUGUAACGUCCGAAUCGGAGAGCUGAAAGGCGACGACUUCAUCCCCACUGAUAAGUUGGACCUGAGGUCGGUCAAGAACAUUUUCAAACAUAUCGGCAGGGAGUAA